AAUUGACAUAACUCGUGCCGGCGUCAUAACAGCUGUUCAUCCCAACCUCUCAGUUUCGUUUUCAGUGAGUGUUAAUCGGUUAUUUCAACAAAACACGUGCUCCAUUCGUUUGGGACUGAAGUUAUUGACUACGAAUACCAUAAUUUCCUUCAUUACCUACGAUGGAGGAUGAUAACAGCGCAAAAGCUCCGGUGACUCGACUGCGCAGAAGGUUAUCUGUCGAAUCAACAGAAGAAAGGUCGUCCACACCAAAUACGCCCACCAAAAAGCGUGGUAGGCCAUCAAAAUUGAUACAAAUUGAUGAAAAUGAUGUAACACCACAAAAGUCCACACCAAAACGUGUUACAAGAAAAACAACUAAAGAAGGCUUCGAACCUCUGGAUGACAAACCAUUGACACCAGUCAGAAGAAGUACAAGGAUCAAAUCAAACACAAGUAUUGUGUCAGAUACUGUUGCUACUACUACUGGUGAUACUCCCAGAGCAAAGCGGGUUACAAGAAGAAACUCACAAUUAGGUAGUGACAGUGAAAUUCCUUUAACACCUGCCAAACAAACUAGAAGAACAAGAAAGGAUUCAACCCCAAAUAUAGAUAAAGAUGAAAUUGAAAAAGCAGUACCAAGUAUAACUGAAAUUAUUGCUGAAGAAGUGGAAUUUGUUGAAAAAAGCUUCAUCACACCAUCUCAUUCUCCUUCAAAUAAUAAGAGUAAAAAUAGUUCUGGUAUAAUUAUUGAUCAAGGUGAGAAAAAGUCAAACAAUAGUGUUAUUGAUGAUUCUAAAAAUAAAUCUAUAGUAAAAUGCUCCAGUCCUCCGUCACCAGAUAUUCAAAAGGAGAAUAUAUCACCUGGACCAAAGCAUAACAAAAAGGGCAACCUCUCAGCCUCAUCAAUAGAAUUAUUAAAUAAUGUAGACAAAUUUUCCAAAACUGACACUCUAAACAAAACAACAUCAUUUAUGGAAUCAAACAUGAAACCAUAUAAAAAAAGAACUAUGUCAUGGUCAACAAAUUCUUCAACAUCCGAUGAAACUCUGAAACAAGAACAAAAAGACAUUAAUAUAAACAAAUCUCAAAACAAUAAUGAAUCUGCUAUUGACCGUUUAUCUCAAAAUUCUCAAAGCUUAAAAACUGUAAAAGUUAUUGUAGAUAAAAUGGACAUUGAUCAAAUAUGCAACAAAUCUUUAACAGAAAAUAAACACAAAGACACAUCAAGUGAAGAACUUUUUAACAAAGACCCAAGUCAUGUUUCAAAGCCAGAAAUAAUAAUAGAGGAAUUCACUACUGAAAUUAAUAUUCAGAAAACUCAAUAUCAAUUUGUUCCUGAUGUAGAUGUUUCUUCAACAAAUGUUAAUGUUUCUCUACAUAAGUCUAAUAGAGAUGAAACCAUGAAUGCUUCUCAUGGAGAGAAAAAAAUUAAUGACAGUGUUGAGCCAAUGGAUAUUGAUCAAACUAUACCAGAAAGCAUGAUAAUACCUGAAGAAAAAGAAUCUUUCACAGAGUUAAAUAACAAAUCCCGUAAAAGUAGCAUAUCAUUUAAGUCGAAAAGAAACUCUUCAGUGUCACAGGCUUUCGAAACUGAAAAUAAAAGUACAUUGAUAUUAUCACAGCCUAAUGAUAAUCCCUUGCAAAUAAAUAUUCUGGGAAAAAGUCCAAUGCCAUCAGACAAUACUUUUUUAUCUAAAUCACUUGUAGAUUUAGAUAAAACACAAAGUUUGGAUAAGGAACCCAAGAAUCAGCCAAUAACCUGCUUAACAAGCACCCCAUUACAACAGAAACCUCUCCAAAAGUUAAUUGCACCAAUGAAUACAUCCAUUAUUAAAUCAAGUGAUAAUAUUGACGGUACUCCGAAAAGUUUCGUCGAAACCGACUCGCCUUUAGUGAAAAAUGAAAAUAAUAAACUUUCCUCUGCAAGUAAAAGUCUCAUGGUAGAUGAAGAUUGUGAUGACAAGGUUCCAAAAGAUGAAAUGAUGAAUAGCAAUCAAUCAAUAAAGUCUGUUAAUGAUAGCCAGAUAAAAAAUAAAGAUGAUUGCAAAAAUAUAUCAAUGAUUAAUAAGUCUAAUGUUAUUACGCCUAAGGAUAAGGACUGUGAAAAUAAAGUGUCAACUGAAUCCAUUGAGUCAAAGGAGGACCAAUUAAUGGUGAAUGUGCAUUCUAGUGAUGAAGAUACAGGUGACGAAAUGCCAAAUUUGAAACUCAAUGUUAAUGAAUCUAAGAGGAAAUCAAAAAAGAAGAAAAUGUUAAUAAAUGAUGAAUCUGAUGAUAGUGAAAUAUCUAGUGAUGAAUCUAUCGCAAAAAAUGACUUAGUAAAUGAUGAAGCUGACGAUGCUGGUGAUGAUUAUGAAUCGGGUGAUAGUCAGGACGAAGAGGAUUUACAAUAUGCCAAAGAAAACGAAAUCAUUGAUAAAGGUGUCACUCUUACCUCAGAUGAAGACUUCUCAAAUGACUCUGAUUACGAAAAAGAUUCCUUCAUUGUCAGCUCUGAUGAAGAAGACAAUCAGCUUUUAGAAGGAACCGAAGAUGACUUAUCAAUGAGUGAUAAUGAACUUAAAAUGACAGCGAAGUCAAAGAAAAAAUACAAUGAACGUAUGAUCAAAGAACAGAAGAAAGCUUCUAGAGAAAUGUUUGAAUCCCGUCACAAAUUAAAUAUUAAGAAAAAGAAUAUCAUAAAAGACGACAGCGUUUCCAAAUCAGAUGAUGACAACUCUCCUAAACAGCGGAAAAAAAAUAACAGGAUGCGAUUGGAUUCCAGUCACGAAAUCAGUGGGCUUAAUGAAAGUAAGUCCCGUACUGAAAUCAAGAAACACUUAUCUGAAUCCAAUGUAAAUGAAACAUUUAACGAAAAAGAGAUGACACAAAUGAAUGUGAGUUCUAAAGAAAGUGACCCACUAGCCACUUCAAUGAAAAAAGAUCCAAAAUCUCCCAAGAAAGGGAAUAACGAAACGAAUACAACACUGGACUCUGAAGUAUCAUCAAAUAGAAGUCAAUUGAACAAUCUCGAAAAAGGUGAUGAAAAUCCUUUGGAGUCUGAAAAAGAUGACGAAACUUCGUCCGAUAGCGACACAAACAAUAUAAUUAGUAAUUAUGAUUCAAUUCUAAGCACCCUGAACAAAGCUAGUAAAAUUGACACAUCACUUAACCUAGACGUGAAGAAAAAGAUGAAAAAUAAACGAGCCUCCAUAAUUGACGAGCUUAAUCUAACUCAGUCUGGUAAAAAAGAAAGUUUAUCAAACACAACACCGAAGCAAAAUCCUAAUAAAACAGACUUGGUUAAAGAUGAUGAUAAUUCGUCGUCUGACUCGAUCAAUCUCAACCUGCUUAUUUCCGAAGAUAGCAACACUGAUUCUAUUAAUACUAAAAAUGAAGAUGAAGUGGUUCCUUUGAAAGAAAGUGAAGCUAAGACUGAUCUCACAAAUAAUGAAGAGGAAAAUAUGGAUUGCGGUUCAGAAAACCUCUUUUUCAUCGACACAAAAGGGGACCUUGGAGACGAUGCACCGGCCGAAGAAAAGAUUAUCAAGGACAAUAAUAUUUCCAACAUUAAAACACCUAAAAGUGAAAAGAAGAAACAAAGGUUGUCCAAAUCGCAGACUGAUAUUAAUGUUACACUUAUUGAGGAUAGCGAUCAUCAAAACACUUCCAGUGCUAAGACUCCUAAAAGCGAUAAAAAGAAACAAGUGUUUGAAGCGAUGGCAGAUAAUGAUACAUCAAUUAAUGUUAAAACUCCUAAAAGUGAGAAGAAAAAGAAGCAAAAGUCAUCUGAAUCUAUAGCUGAUAUUGAGGAUGCCUCAACUGAAGAUAUAAUUCAAAUACAGAAUACUUCAAGUGUAAAAACUCCUAAAAGUGAGAAGAAAAAGAAGCAAAAGUCAUCUGAAUCUAUAGCUGAUAUUGAGGAUGCCUCAACUGAAAAUAUAAUUCAAAUACAGAAUACUUCAAGUGUAAAAACUCCCAAAAGUGAGAAGAAAAAGAAGCAAAAAUUAUCCGAAUCUGCAGAUGCUGAGGAUGCACCAGUAGAAGAAAAGAUUAUCAAAGACCAAAACAUUUUCAAUAGAACUCCUCAAAGUGAUAAGAAACAAAAAAAAUCUAAAUCGCUGACUGCGGAAACACCUACUGAAGAAAUCCCAGACCAAAAUACUUCCAGUGUCAAAACUCCAAAUGACAAGAAAAGGAAAAGACUAUCGAAAUCUCAUCUUGAUAUUGAAGCCGAGCAAGCCGAAGAUCUAAAUACCUCAAAUGUAAAAACUCCUAAAAGUGAAAAGAAGAUGAGGCAAAAGCUAUCCCAGUCACAAAUUGAUAUUGACGUUGAGCCCGAUGAUAAAAUUGACCAAAACGCUUCAAGUAUUACUCUUAAAAGUGAGAAGAAAAAGAAGAAUAAAUUAUCUGAAUCAGUUGCCGAUUUUGAUGAUUCAGAAUUUAAUUUGUCAAAUGUAAAAACUCCUAAAAGUGACAAGAAGAAAAAACAAGAGUUUUCUGAAUCCCAAGGGAAUAUUCGAGAGCUGGACUCGUCAAAUGUGAAAUCUCCUAAAAGUGCAAACAAGAAAAAGCUUAGUUUAUUGGAAUCACAGACAAAUAUUCAAGAACUGAACUCAUGCAAUGCCAAGUCCCCAAAAAGUGGAGAGAAAAAGAAACAAGAUUUAUCGGAAUUCCAGAAUAAUCAAGAGCCGGUCUCUAAAGUAAAUACUCCUAAAUCUGAAAAGAAGAAGAAUCUAGAUGUGUCACAGACAAAUAUUGAAGUUUCAGAAGCACCAAUAAAUGAGAUCGUUGCCGAGAUGAACUCGAAUGUAAAGACGCCUAAAAGUGACAAGAAAAAGAAAAGAAAGUCUGGCAAUAUUGAAGACGCGAAUGUCGUUGAAGUGUCAGUUAUCAAGACACCUAAAAGUGCUGAGAAACUCCCUCAAACUCAUGUUGAAGAUUUGGUAAAUAAACAAGAAAUUGAUUUAAUAAAGACUAAAGGUGAAAAGAAAAAGAAAAAACAGAUGUUACAAUCUGCAGAUAGCGUUGAAGGGCAAAGUGAAGAUUUAGUCAUGGGAAAGAAAAAGAGGAAGAGGUCAAACACUGUUCUGGUUGAAGAAGUUAUUGAAACUACUUCACAUAGUAAUGGCAAUGAAAAGAAAAAGAGAAAAAUAAAAAAUACGGAUGAAACUGUUAAAGUAGCUGAUGUCAAGAAAAGUAAAAAACGCAAAGAAAGGGAAGAUGAUGAACAUGAUCACCCGAAGGUCCAACCGAGUUCCUCAAAAAUGACAGUUCCCCGCUUGCCCAUGUCUGUCAUCACACAGCUGGCGGAUAAUCCGAAAAUUCAAGCGAGGAAGAAGCCAAAAGUAAUUUCAACCAGUCAAUUUAUAGUCGAGGAUUAUCGUAGAAAAAUGCCCUCGACAUAUCUAGAAGAAAGUGUUUAUCUAAACGACGAUUCACCUGAAAAGAAGAAACCAAAGAAAAAAAUACCCAAAGUGUUGCCAUCAAUGCCUUCGACCUCUUCCUCCAACCAGGGAUUUACGACUACAUUUAAAAUAAAUGUUAUCUCGGCUGAAACCAAAUUUGUCGCACAAGCUGAUAACGUCGCCAACUUCAGGGAAGACUGUUUAUACAAUAAAAAUCGAAAACGACGUACAUUCCAACACUUAAAGAAACACACAAGUUCGAAAUUGUCAAAAUUUUAGUUAUCGUUUUUUAUUUAUGGACUUAAGCCGCCUGUUUAUUUAAUUAAGCAUUUGUUGAACGUGACUUUUGUAGGCAUUUCAUUGUUUUCUGAAAGUUUUUUGUAUUCUUUUAGUAAUUUCUAGUAAGGUGUAGUUAAUUUCUUUCCUUUCCUGUUUGAUAUCUGGUUUUACACUGACAUUGUUAAAUUUUAACUUAGGGAUUAUAAAUGUAAUUAAGUUUUAAGAUUAAUACCAGUUUUUAAAUAUUUCCGAUCAUACAUUUUACUGGUUUCGAUUUCCAUUCCACUAUGUUUUAUUCACCUUUCUAUUAGAAUAAUUUACUACGUGAAACUAAUAUAAUCUUAUACGGUAAUUUGGUCAUCAAUUUAAUUAUUUGUAUUUUACCGCCCUUUGUGUGUUUUACGUAUGAACCAGAUGGCGCUAGAUGCUGUUGCGAGAAUUUCCUCUCACCAUGUGCCUUGUUUUGUUUAAAAAAGAUGAUGUUUUGACAUGUUAUUAGUAUUGUAUGUAAAUAAAGCUACUCAUUGAUAUUCAA